AUGGCCUUGCUUUUGCCCUUGGACGGGAUCUCCAUGCUGACGGUGGUGCCAAAAUGGAUGCCACACGUGACGAACUGGUCGCCCUACUUUGACCAGUUCGCGAAGACGGGAUACAAUAUGGUGCAUUUUGCGCCGCUGAACAUGCGGGGUAGUUCGAACUCGCCGUACAGCAUUUACGACCAGUUGGCGUUUUCUGACGAUUUGUUCCCGGAAAACACGCCGGCGGAUGAGAAGGAUGCGUUGUUGAAGAAUGUCCUGGGGAAGAUUCGAACGGACUUCGGCAUCCUUACAGCGACGGAUAUCGUUUGGAACCAUACUGCGUUCAACAGCGCUUGGCUGCAAGACCAUCCCGAGGCUGGGUACAACCUGAAAACGGCACCGCAUUUGCGGCCUGCUUAUGAAAUAGACGAAGCACUCCUUCAGUUUUCGGAGGACUGGGGCACAAUCCCAGGCAAUAAGGAUACGAUCGAAACCGAAGAAGAUCUGGCCAAAGUACUGCAUGCAGUCCGGUUCGACGUGCUUCCCAAACUCAGACUAUGGGAGUUCUACGUUAUUAACGUCGAGAAAACCAUCACGGAAUUGCGUGCGGCUCUCUCCGACGACACAGCCACCACUGGCAGAUACAAAUCCAUAGAUCUCAGGUUUCUUUCCAUCCAACAGCAAGCGGAAAUCCUCCGCAAAGACGCGUUCACCGAUCGGGAGGAUGGCACCCGGUUCGCACGCGAGAUCGAUAUCCAUGUUGCGGCGGAGUUCACGCAGAAGCUAGCAGUCGACAAGGGGUUGACCAACGUGGAGGACAAGAUUGCGAGGUUCAUUAUGGCGCUUGAUGAAAUGAAUCUGUUGUUUUAUAGGGACGCUGAUGCGGAUUUGGCUGUGAUUGUCGAGAAUGUGAGCUCGAGGGCGAAGUACCUGAGGGUCGAGAAACAUGGCCCUAGACUGGGCUCUUUGUCGAGGGAGAAUCCCUUGGUCGACAAUUACUUCACCCGCUUGCCUGUGAACGCCAAGACGAAGAACAGAGAUAAGGAUGAGCUGGUACUGGCAAACAAUGGGUGGAUCUGGAACGCAGACCCACUUGUGAACUUCGCAGCCGCGGGCUCCAAAGCCUAUCUCAGACGGGAGGUCAUCGCGUGGGGCGAUUGCGUGAAACUUCGUUACGGGAGCAAGACGGAAGACAGCCCCUGGCUCUGGGACCACAUGAAAGCCUACACCAAGAAAAUGGCACGGACAUUCAAUGGCCUGCGAAUAGACAACUGCCACUCCACCCCAAUCCAUGUCGCCAGCGCGCUUCUGGACGCGGCGAGGGAGGAGAAUCCGGAUAUCUAUGUCUUUGCGGAGCUGUUUUCGGGUUCCGAGGAGAAGGAUAUCAUGUUUGUCUCGAAGCUGGGGAUUCAUUCGUUGAUUAGAGAGGCGAUGAAUGCGUGGGAUUCGAAGGAGUUGAGUCGGCUUGUGCACCGGUUUGGGGGCCAGCCUGUGGGAUCGCUGACGCUCGAUCCGGAACAUUUGCCGCUGGAGCUUCUUGGCCAUGAUGUUUCCGACCGCCUCAGCCAUGGGCAUCUUCACGAGGACUUGUUUGUAGAGCUGAAAGGCUCUCCAUCACACGCUCUCUUCAUGGAUUGCACCCAUGACAACGAAACCCCUCACCAAAAACGCGUCGCGGCGGAUACCCUCCCCAACGCCGCCAUCGUAGCCAUGACGGACAGCGCCGUAGGCAGCGUGCUCGGGUACGACGAGAUUGUUCCCGAGCUUCUUAACCUCGUCCACGAGACGCGAAAGUACUUCAAGCCGGAGUUUGAGAAGGGUAUCCAUCCUGCGAAGGCUGUGUUAUAUAAGGCGCAUGAGAGCAUGGCGAGGGAUGGGUUUUCGGAGUUGCAUGUUAAUCAGGAUGAGGACUUCCUCUCGAUACAUAGAAUCCAUCCCAUUACCCACGAAGGGUAUCUUCUGAUCGCACGGUGCGCAUUUCACAAAAACCAUUCAAAUCAUGCUCACGCUCCAAUCGUCCUACUCAACCAACGGGCGGGACUUCUCCUCGCGGCCACGUUGACUGUAGGCACCGACCCACCGGGGAACUUGCUAUUAUCAACCAACAAAAGCCCGUUCACAUACGUAGAACAGGCACCGCAUGGUGACGACGAUGUGCAGACGACAAUCACUAUCGACCCCGUAAGCUUUGUGCCUGGAACCAUCGUCUUGUACAAGACUUCAGUGAAUAGGUUGAGCUGGCCCCCCGGAUUAUGGGAAGCUACCGAACGGUUGACGAUAAGUGAUAUCAAUGUGGCUUUGUACCGGUGCAGUGCAGAGGAGGAGGAUUGGAGCGGGGACGGCGCAUAUGAUAUUCCUGGACAUGGGAAGCUCCCAUAUUGUGGACUGCAGGGAUUCGUCUCAGCCCUUUAUCCCGUGGCCAGGAAGAACGAUCUGGGCCAUGCUAUCUUCUCUCAUUUGCGCAAUGGGCCGUGGAUGAUAGAUUACAUAGUUGGCCGGCUUGACAAGCAAGUGGAUGCAUACCCUGGUCUCUCGGACCUACGAGACUGGCUGGUUGACCGCCUCACGCUCGUCAAAGAGGCAUCCCCAUCGUUCCUCCCCAAAUACUUCACCAUCGUCAUUUUCGCGGCGUACGAAGCACUGCGAUACCGCGCCAUCCACAUGUGUGCACGCGUGCAAAAGACUGCUGCUUUUUCGGAGUCGCACAAGUCGUCAACGGAAGCUUUGUUGAACGCUUGCCUACUGAUGGCUUUCCAAAUGACAGGCGUCGUGAAAUCUUCCGGACUGGUUCCGUCGACGUACCCAACGUCGCUGGUGCGAAACGGAUCGUCGGAGACACUGGGGAGCGAGCGAGGUCUUGCAUUAGCCGCGGGUCUGACACAUUUCGCUACGCAGUAUAUGCGAUGCUGGGGUCGAGACAUAUUCAUCUCGGUUCCCGGUUUCUUCAUCGAGCCCGGACAUGACAAUGCUGCAAGAGCGCACAUCAUCGCGUUCGGGUCGACGCUACGACACGGUCUAAUUCCCAAUCUCCUUGACAGCGGCAUGCGAUCUCGGUAUAAUGCCCGCGACGCCGCAUGGUGGUGGCUGCACAGCGUGGCGGAGUAUUGUCGUUCAUCAAGCGAAGGGCACGCCUUCCUCGGAGUAAAAGUUGCGCGCCGUUUCGUCCCGCUCAAAAGAUACAGGAACCCCGACUACCUAUCCGUUGGCAUCGACGACGACAACGACAAGGACGCCGACACAUUCUGCGAGUAUAACGAUUCCGCUCGCGCGUUCGUGCACUCAAACACCAUCGCCCAGCUCUGUCAUGAGAUUCUGGAAAGGCAUGCGUGGGGUAUAUCGUUCCGGGAAUGGAACGCCGGCACAAACCUCGAUCACGCGAUGCGGAGCGAAGGGUUUGACGUACGCGCGGGUGUGGCUUGGGAGAAAGGUGGAAUCGUCACGGGUGGGAGUAGGUGGAAUUGUGGGACUUGGAUGGAUAAGAUGGGGGAUUCGGACAAGGCGGGAAACAAAGGCGUGCCGAGCACACCUCGGGACGGCGCCGCGGUGGAGAUAGUCGGGCUUGCCAAGGCAACGUUGAACUGGGUUGCCAAGGACGUGUUGGGAGAUGGAAAGGGACGAGAGUGGUGGAAGUGGGAUAAUGCAACGGGCAAAUCAAGAUCGGUUUCCUACGCGGAUUGGAACGAAACACUCGGCAAAGCGUUUGAGGAACACUUCUACAUUCCCACGCACACGCCCUCUAGAGGUGUACAGCGCAGGGGUAUAUAUCGCGACACUGUUGGCGCGACACUCGACUACAUGGACUAUCAACUGAGGCCCAACUUCCCUAUGGCGAUGGUGGUGGCGCCGGAGAUGUUCGACCCAGAUCAUGCCCGGCACGCAUUGGGUCUCGUAAAGGAGUUACUGGUGGGGCCUUUGGGUAUCAAAACGCUAGACCCGGGCGAUUGGGCAUACAGAGGCGUGUAUGACAACAGCGACGAUGGCACGGACGGGGCCGUGGCACAUGGCGCCAACUACCAUCAAGGACCGGAAUGGGUAUACCCACUCGGAUUCUUCCUCCGUGCAUAUCUGUACUUCUUUACGCAAGCGCCAGGACACGACCCAUCAAAGAUCGACGAAGUCUAUCAAUACAUCCAACAUACGCUCCUGACUCACAAACGCCACAUCCUCGACACCGCGGAGAGCCCCUACGCCGGUUUGCCCGAACUAACCAACCGAGACGGUGCAUACUGCGGGGGUAGCUGUGCGACCCAGGCGUGGAGUGGAGCGGUGAUGAUAGAGCUUAUCAAGGAUCUGAUCGAUGGCGUCGGGAAGAGGGGGGCGGUGGUGGAGAAAUCCAGGCUGGAAGUAUAG